CAGCCCCGCCUCCCACCUUCCGGUCUUCUCAGAAGUCGCUUGGCUCUUCGCUGGUUGUCACCCGUCUGGAGGCCUAGCCGUCGCGUACCUAGGAUGCCGCGUGGAAGCCGAAGCCGCACCUCCCGCAUGGCCCCUCCGGCCAGCCGGGCCCCUCAGAUGAGAGCUACACCCAGGCCAGCACCAGUCGCUCAGCCACCAGCAGCGGCCCCAUCUGCAGUUGGCUCUUCUGCUGCUGUGCCCCGGCAGCCUGGUCUGAUGGCCCAAAUGGCAACCACUGCAGCUGGCGUGGCUGUGGGCUCUGCUGUGGGGCACACAUUGGGUCACGCUAUUACUGGGGGCUUCAGUGGAGGAAGUAAUGCUGAGCCUGCGAGACCUGACAUCACUUACCAGGAGCCUCAGGGAACCCAGCCAGCACAGCAGCAGCAGCCUUGCUUCUAUGAGAUCAAACAGUUUCUGGAGUGUGCCCAGAACCAGGGUGACAUCAAGCUCUGUGAGGGUUUCAAUGAGGUGCUGAAACAGUGCCGACUUGCAAACGGAUUGGCCUAAUGAAGAAGUUCAACCUGGAGAGAUGGAAAAUCAGCUCUCAUAACUAAGUUAAUUUAGUAUAAAAAUAGAAUUGAUAGUGAGGGUAUAAAGUGUAACCAUCAGUUAAACCUCUCCUGUCAUUCCUAGCUUCCUUGCUUCAGAAUUGAAAUGGAAUGGGGGGUGUCCCUACUCUGUAGAAUCUGGGACUGGGCAAAUGUUUGUGUGGCCUCCUUAAACUAGCUGUUAUGAUUUUAUUCUUUGUGAGUUAAUUAGAAUAAAGUCAUUUUCUUCCAAGA